GUAGACCUGGCACUGGCAGCAAACUAGUUGGGAGAAGAUGGCGCUAUGGAGCGGCGUGGGUCAGGCGGCGAGCAUGGCGCAGCUCGCCGGGGUGGAUGCGUAUGGGCUCAUCAACAUGAUUGUGGAGGCUGUGCAGACUGUUAAAAGGAACCGGGAGACCUGCCAGCAGCUAGCGCGGCGCGUGAAGAUGAUUGGGGACCUUCUGCAGCGGCUCGAAAGCACGCAGCUGAUGCAGCACCAAGAGACGAGGAACCCCGUGGAGCAGCUGGAGGAGACCCUCCGCCAUACAUACAUGCUCAUCACAUCCUCUCAGGACAGCGGCUACCUAUACAGCUGCUUCAUGGGGGGCAAGCAGGCUGACCAGCUCCGUGAGGUGCAGAACGAUAUCACCUUCUACCUCCAGCUCUUCCCCCUUGUCAGCUUCGUCGACACCAGCCGUACCUUUGAGCAGCUUCUGAACAGAGCCCGCCCUUUAGGCACACAGGAUACAAUGGACGAGUUACAUGCAGUACAUCCUCCAGAACAUGAAGAUAGGCUCAGAAGGGAGGCCCUCCAGGCAACUGAAUUAGAAGAUCCGGAAACUUAUCUUCCUUCAAAAUUUGAGGAGGAUCAAGAAACAAGUAAAGUUAAAAAUAUGGAAGAAUUGGCAAAUCUCUUCGGUGUUGAAAAAGGAGCAGGGUUGUCAUAUUUUAGUUUAUCUCAGAUACUGGCUGCUACUGACAAUUUAUCAUGGAGAAACAUGGUUGGACAUGGUGGAUUUGGCUAUACUUACAAGGGAAAACUUCUUAAUGGUCUUGAGAUUGCUGUCAAAAGACAUGAGGUAUCUUCAUAUCAAGGUCCAGCAGAGUUCAGAGCCGAGAUUGAAAUCAUUCAAAAUCUUCGACAUAAAAAUAUAAUCACGCUACUUGGCUAUUGUGUUCAGCAAGAAGAAAAGAUACUUGUCUAUGAAUAUAUGCCAAAUAAAAGCUUGGCGUGUAUCAUUGCUGAUGAAUCAAAAAGAAAAAUUCUUAAUUGGUCUAAGCGUCUUCAAAUAAUAAAAGGGAUAGCGGAUGGUAUUCUCUAUCUGCAUGUGCAUUCUCAGAUGUGCAUUGUCCACAAGGAUUUAAAAGCAAGUAAUAUCCUGUUGGACCGUGAAAUGAACGCUAAAGUUUCUGAUUUUGGUCUGGCUAGAAAAUUAACUCCAAGUAUGACUGCAGAAGUGCUCGUUUGUGGCACAUAUGCCUAUGCAGAUCCUGAAUAUGUUGCUACUGGAAUGAUAUCGGACAAGACAGAUGUAUACAGCUUUGGCGUUGUACUUCUUGAGAUUAUAGCUGGAAAGUUGUCUCGGUUUUAUAUGCACAGCGCAUCUCUAGGAUCUCUUCCUGACUAUGCACGCAGGCAUAGAAAGAAGUUGCACAAGCUUAUGGAUCCGUUAUUAGCUGCUAAGAAGAAUGAGAGAGCACAGAUUAUGCAAUGCAUUAAGAUAGCGCUGAUGUGCGUUCACCAUCCUGUCGAAGAUCGGCCCUCUAUGUCGGAAGUUGUUGUCAUGCUUUGCAGCAUCAAGUGUGCCAGAUGAACCACCAGUCUGGUGCCACUUUGUAAUAAGGUGCUCUAGCUGAUUGAACAUGGCCAAAGAGUACAUACAUCAUGGGCACAACUCAU